AGCAGGGGGUUGUGUGGAGGAAAGGGUUACCCAAUCCAGUGUCGCAAGGCGCUGUAUCAGUGGGGCUUCAGAGCAGCGUGUUAUUUUGAUAACUGCCCUGGGAAAUGGGCGGGUGGGGAAUUAUUGUCCCCAUUUGAAACUUGGGGAAACUGAGUCCCACUGACACACUGGACUCAGACUGAGACUGGAGUAGACCCAGACGCUCGGCCGCCGGCACCCAGCUCAGACGGCGGGGUGGUGGAGCCCGGACCGCGGUUCCGGGGACAGGUGAGCGGCUGGCGGGCGCGCAGGGGCCCCUCCUCCCCCGCGCCUCCCAGAUGGGCAGAGGGAGGCUUUGGAGGCUGCGCCCAGGCUCUGAGCUGCUCUAGGUUUGCCGACCGGCUGGGCGUGAGUCACAGACAUGGCCCAGCCGCUGAACUUUGUCCUCAAUGUUCCCGAGACCCCAGAGGACCACGGCAGCCAGGAGCCCAGCCCCUGUGAUGAGAGCGAAGUCCAUGACUCCUUCCACCAGCUCAUCCAGGAGCAGAGCCAGUGGGUGGCUGAGGAGGGGCUGGAGCUGCAGCAGAGGGAGCCAGGGGCCGGAGGCCAGGAGACCUCAGGCAGUGGCCAGCAGGCCCUGCCGGGGCCCGAGGAUGGCCUUAUGCACAGCACAGCCACGCUCCGCAUCUUGGCCAGCAUGCCCAGUCGCACUAUUGGCCGUAGCCGCGGUGCUGUCAUCUGCCAGUACUACAACCGCUCCGUGCGGCUGCGACGCAGGGUCAGCCGGCCCGAGCUCAAGGGCGUGGGGCGCUCGGCCCGGCCCAGCCUCCGCCUCUACGACCUGGAGCUGGACCCCGCGGCUCUGCAGGAGGAGGAGAAACGCUUCCUCCUGGUGAAGGAGCUGCAGGGCCUGCCGGUGGCCCAGCGGGACCACAUGCUCCGGGGAAUGCCCUUGGGCCUGGCCGAGAAACGCUGCCUGCGAGAGGAGAGCCAGACCCCGACGGGGAAGCAGAGGGGCCGGCAGGGCCCGCGUGGGCUGUUCCCCUGCUGUGGCCGGCUCCGAGACGCCUGCGUCCUGGCCCUGCACAGCCUGGGGCUAGGGCUGCUCGCGGGUCUGCACGCCCUGAGGCCGUGGCGCUACGCCCUGAAGCAGAUCGGAGGCCAGUUCGGCUCCAGCGUGCUCUCCUACUUCCUCUUCCUCAAGACCCUGCUGGCCUUCAACGCCCUCCUGCUGCUGCCGCUGCUGGCCUUCAUCGUGGGCGUGCAGGCGGCCUUCCCGCCGCCGGCCCCCCUGGGCUCUGCACGCAGCUUCACGGGCCUGGAGCUGCUCACCGGCGGGGGCCGCUUCACGCACACGGUCAUGUACUACGGCUACUACAGUAACAGCACACUGAACCAGCCGUGUGCGCCACCCCCGGCUGGUGGUCAGUGUAGCCGCGAGGCCGCCGGCCUGCCCUACAGCAUGCCCUUGGCCUACCUCUUCACUGUGGGCCUAGCCUUCUUUAUCACCUGCAUCACCCUCGUGUACAGCAUGUCCCGCUCUUUCGGGGAGAGCUACCGGGUGGGCAGCACCUCGGGGGUUCAUGCUGUCACCGUUUUCUGCUCCUGGGACCACAAGGUGACCCAGAGACGGGCCUCCCGCCUCCAGCACGACAACAUCCGAACCCAUCUGAAGGAGCUGUUGGCCGAGUGGCAGCGACGGCGGGGCUCCCAGAGCGCGUGCGGGCGGCUGCGGCGGGGGGCCAUGCGGGGGCUCGUGUGGCUGCUGUCCCUGGGGACUACGCUGGGCUGCACCGUGGCCGUCUACGCCUUCUCCGAGCUCAUGAUCAAGAGCCCGGUGUCCGCCGAGCAGGAGGGGGCGCUGCUGGCCCUGCCCGUGGUGGUCGGCCUCCUCAACCUGGGGGCCCCCUACCUGUUCCGCUGCCUGGCGGCCCUGGAGCGGCACGACUCGCCGGUGCUGGAGGUGUACGUGGCCGUCUGCAGGAACCUCAUCCUCAAGAUGGUCAUCCUGGGCAUUCUUUGCUACCACUGGCUAGGCCGCAGGGUGGGCACCCUGAAGGACCAGUGCUGGGAGAACUUUGUGGGCCAGGAGCUGUAUCGGCUCGUGGUGCUGGACUUCAUCUUCGUGCUGCUGGACACACUGUUCGGGGAGCUGGUGUGGAGGCUCAUCUCUGAGAAGCAGCUUAAGAGGAGGGAGAAGCCGGAGUUCGACAUUGCCGGGAACGUUCUGGAGCUGAUUUACGGGCAGACCCUGACCUGGCUGGGGGUCGUUUUCACCCCUCUCCUCCCUGCCAUCCAGAUUGUCAAGCUGCUGCUUGUCUUCUAUGUCAAGAAGACCAGCCUGAUGGCCAACUGCCAGGCGCCCCGCCGGCCCUGGCUGGCUUCGCACAUGAGCACCGUCUUCGUCUCCUUGCUCUGCUUCCCCUCCUUCCUGGGAGCCGCUCUCUUCCUCUGCUUCGCUGUGUGGCGGGUGAAGCCCUCGAGCACCUGCGGCCCGUUCCGGAGCCUGGACAGCAUGUACGAGGCUGGCAAGGUGUGGGUGCGCCAUCUGGAGGAGGCGGGCCCCAGGGUCUCCUGGCUGCCCUGGGUCCACCGGUACCUGGUGGAGAACACCUUCCCCGUCUACCUGGUGUCGGCCCUGCUGCUGGCGGUGAUCUACCUCCACAUCCAGGUGGUGAAGGGUCAGCGGAGGGUCAUCUGCCUCCUGAAGGAGCAGAUCAGCAACGACGGACUGGAAAUAGCCCUUGGACUUCUUGGGGUCCCCGCGUCAGGACAUGGACCCUGUUCAUUGCCCUCAUUUUCCAAACAAGUGGAGAGGGGGAAGACAAAGUCUUUUUGAUCAACAAGCUUCAUUCCGUCUAUGAGAGGAAAGAGAGGAGCAGGCGUGGUGAAGUCUGGUGAGAAAAGGAAACUAGAGAAGAAAGAAGUGCACGCAGGGGCAGGUCGAGCUGGGCGCUGUGGCACUCUCCUUUCUAAGUCGGGGUGCCCGGCAGCUGGCCCCUUCGGUCCCCAGGGGGUACACGCACCGGACCAGGUGUGCAGUCCGAGGCCCCGGGGCUCAUCCCUGGGCAGCAGGGACCCACAGACUGAGUCGUCCGACACCCCACGCCCCACCACCACGCCCCACCCAGCCCCUUUGAGGCUGUCCAGAGGUUUCUUUACCCUCUGGAGGCCUGAAGGCAGCUCCUGAGGAGGGCUGCUGGGCGUCUGGCUUCGGCCCGGCUGGAGGGACUACUCCUCAGCCUCCCACAUACCCUGAGGUCCCAGGGGCCCCUCGCUGACUCCCCCUUCUGGCAGGGCUGGUAGAACCCAGGAGGCUGAGAGGCUCACGGAUGAUCCGGACGCCUGGUAGGACAGCGACAGGCCUUGCAGCUCUGUGUCUGCUCACAGGUGCGGCCUGUGCCUGGGUCGCCCUCUGUUUCCCCAGCCCCGUAGGCACUGACGCCGGCCCGGGACUCAGCAGCCCAUCAAGGCCGGAACUGGAGGGUGGGCAAGUGGGGGGGCACACCCGGUGGACUGUAUCCUGCUUGGGACUCUAUUUAUUCUGAUAAAACAUGUUUUGCAAAAUGA